GCUCGCUCAUGAGGCCUGCGCCCAGCCGCCGGAGGAAGGGCCGCGGCGUCUCCCUGGGGCUCCUCGCCCUCUGCCUGGCCGCAGCCCGCUGUCUGCAGAAUGCUGAACCAUCCUGGCACAUCCUGGCAUCCCUAGGGUAAAUCCCACUUGACAGUGGUGUUUGAUCCUUUCAAUGUAUUCUUGAAUUCAGUUUGCUAAUAUUUUGUUGAGGAUUUUUGCAUUAAUGUUCAUCAGGGAUAUUUGCCUGUAGUUUUCUUUUUUUGUAUGGUGUGCUUGUUUGGUUAUGGCAUCAGAGAAAUGCUGGCUUGUAAAAUGAAGUUUGAAGGAUUCCCUCCUCUUCAGUUUUUAGGAAUGAUUUGAGAAGGAUAAGUACUAAUUCUUUAAAUGUUCAGUAGAAUUCACCUAUGAACCCAUCUGGUACUGGAAUUCUAGUUUAUUUGGAGUUUUUAAAUUACUGCUUCAAUUUCAUUACCUGUAUUCUGUUCAUAUUUCCUAUUCAUGAUUCAGUCCUGGAAAGUUGUGUGUCUCUAGGAAUUUACCUAUUUCUUCUAGAUCUUAUAAUUUGGUGUACAAUUGUUCAUAGUGUUCUCUUAUGAUCCUGUGCAUUUCUGUGGUGUCAGUUGUAACUUCUUUUAUUUCUUUUUCUUUAUUUGGCCUUCUCUCUUUUUUCCUUGAUGAGUUUGGCUGAAGCUUUCCUGAUUGUCAUUUCAAAAAACUGGUUUUUAGUUUCAUGCUCUUUUCUAUUGUUAAUCUCUAUUUCUUUCUUUUUUUUUUUCCUGCUCUGAUCCUUAUUGUUUACUUUCUUCUGCUAACUUUGGUCUUUAUUUGUUCAUCUUUUUCUAACUCCUUUAGGUGUAAAGUUGGAUUUUUUAUUUUGGAUUUUUCUUGUUUCUUGAGAUAGGCCUGUAUCACUUCAAACUUCCCUCUGAGAACUUUUUCUGCAUCCCAUAGAUUUUGGGAAUUUGUGUUUCCAUUUUCAUUUGCCACAAGGUAUUUUUUUAUUCUUUGACUUCUUCAUUGGUUGAUUAGUAACAUGUUGUUUAGUUUCCACAUGUUUGUGUAUUUUCCAGUUUUCUUAUUGAAUUCUAGUUUCAUACUAGAAAAAUAUGGUAAAGGUGCUUGAUAUGAUUUCAAUCUUCUUGAUUUUAUUGACUUCUUUUCUGGCCUAACAUCUCUCCUGGAGAAUAUUCCAUGUCAAUUUGACAGAAUGGAUAUUCUAUGGUUCUUGGAUGAAAUGUUCUGUAUAUAUCUAUAAAGUCCAUCAGAUCUAAUAUGUAGUUUAAGGUCAGUGUUCCUUAUUGAUCUUCUGUCUGGAUGAUCUAUCCAUUGAUGUAAGUGGGUAUUCCUUUAUGUUGGUUAGUAUUUGCUUUGUAUAUUCAGGUGCUCCUAUGUUGGGUGCAUAAAUAUCUACAAAUUUUGUAUCCUGAUUAAUCCCUUUAUCAUGAUCUAAUGCCCUUCUUUGUCUUUUGUUACAGCCUUUCUUUUAAAGUCUAUUUUGUCUGGUAUGAGUACCAGCUUUCUCUUCCAUUUGCAAGGAAUGUAUCUUUUUCCAUCCCUUCACUUUUGGACUGUGUGUGUCUUUAGAUCUGAACUGAGUUUCCUGCAGGCAGCAUAUAGAUGGGUCUUAUUUUUUAAUCCACCCAUCCUAUGUCUUUUGAUUGAAGGACUUAGUCUAUUUUAAAGUAAUUAUUGAUAGUUAUUUACUUAUUGCCAUUGCUAUUUUGUUGUUUGUUUCCUGGUGUUUUUGUAGUUCUUUACUCUUUCUUCGUCUCUUGGUCUUGUCUCUUGUGGAUUGGUGGCUUUAUGUUUGGGUUCCUUUGUCUUUGUGUGUGUAUCUAUUUUAAGUUUUUGAUUUGUUGUGACCAUGAGGUUCAUAUAUACUGACUAUAUAGAUAGCAGUAGUUCAGAUUUUGAAAGCAUUACAUUUUUACUACUCCCCCCAUCAUGUUUUAUGUUUUUGACAUCAUUUUACUUUGUGUAUCCCUUAACUACUUAUUGUAGGUAUACUUAGUUUUACUAUUUUUGGCUUUUAACCUUCAUACUAACUUUUUUAGUGGCUGAUUUACUGCCUUUACUAUAUAUUUGCCAUUACCAGUGAGAUUUUUUUCUUUCACAUAUUUUCUCAUAUCUAGUUAUGUCCUUUUUCACUUCACAAAGACUCAUUGAUAUUCUUGUAAGGCUGACUUAAUGGUAAUGAACUCCUUUAGCAUUUGCUUGUCUGGAAAACUCCUUGUGUCUUCUUCAUUUCUAAAUGAUAACCUUGCCGGGUAGAAUAUUAUUGGUUGGGAGUGUUUUCCUUUCAGUACUUUGAAUAUAUCAUGCCACUCCCUUCUGGUCUGCAAAGUUUCUGCUGAAAACUCAGACAAUAGUCUUGUGGGGUUCCCUUUGUAUGUGACUAUUUGUUUUUUCUUUUUCUACCUUUAACAUUUUCCCUUAGCUUUUGCCAUUUUAAUUAUAAUAUAUUUUGUUGUGGAUAUCUUUGGCUUCAUCUUGUUUGGAACUGUACUUCUGGACCUGAAGAUCUGUUUCCUUCUCCAGAUUAGGGAAAUUUCCAGCAAUAAUUUCUUCAAAUAAGUUUUCUGCCCUUUCUCUCUCUCUCUUAUCCUUCUGGAACCCCUACAAUGUGAAUGUUAGUAUGCUUAAUGUUGCCCCAGAGGCCCCUUAAACUAUUCUUGUCUUUUAAAAUUCUUUUUUCUUUUUGCUGUUCUUUGGGUGAUUUCUACCACUCUGUCUUCCAGAUUGCUGAUCUUAUCUGUUGUUGUUUCCCUCUGGUGCAUUUUUCAUUUCAGUUAUUGUAUUCUUCAGCUCUCUUGGUUCUUUCUUUGACUCUCUGUGUUUAUUUCUAUCAAUUUUGCAGGACAGCUGCUUCUUCUGGUCUUGAAGGACUGGCCUUGUGCAGAAAAGUCCCCUGUGGGGGUCCUGUGGUAUUUCACAGGUUGGCUGGAGUAGCCAUGGGCCAGGGCCAUCCCAGGGCACUCCACAUCCGGGCUUCCCAGGAGGUAUGGCUGGCGGUGGAGCUCACAGACCAGGGGUAUCCUGAUACACAUAACGCUGGAGCGGUCCUGGCAAAACAGCUGGUCCAGCACAGGCUGGUCGGGGCUUGGAGCUGUGCCAGGCUGCCUUGGUAGGACAGCUGAAGCUGGUGGGAUACAAAUACUCAGUCCAUAACAUUCACCGUUGUAGCACCAGCACCAGAAUGCAGAAGAGAGUCUGACAUGUCCUAGGCAAUCAAUAAAUAUUUGCUAAGUAAUUUAAUGAAUUAUAGAAGUUCAUUCCCCAAUAAGUUCAUACAAGUUGCCCCACAUGUAGCACUCCAUCCUGCAGGUCAGGGCGUGUCACUGUACAUUCCCCAGUCUGCCAUCAAUGCCACAGUGGAAGAAGACAUCCUGCUCUCAGUUGAAUAUUCCUGCCACGGUGUCCCAACCAUCGAAUGGAAGUAUACGUCCACCUGGGGAGUGCAAAAGAUCGUGGAAUGGAAGCCAGGGACUCAGGCCAACAUCUCCCAAAGCCACAAGGACAGAGUCUGCACCUUUGACAAUGGCUCCAUCCAGCUCUUCAGUGUGAGCGUGAGAGAUUCUGGCUACUAUGUCAUCACAGUGACAGAGCACCUGGGGAGCAGCCAGUUUGGCACCAUCAUGCUGCAUGUGUCGGACAUUGUCUCCCCCUUCCCCUCAUCCCGCUCCCUAGAGAUCCUCUAUGAAGACCUCCACUUUGUUGCUGUCUUCCUUGCUUUUCUUGCUGCUGUGGCCGCAGUGUUAAUCAGCCUCAUGUGGGUUUGUAAUAAGUGUGCAUAUAAAUUCCAGAGGAAGAGAAGACACAAACUCAAAGAAAGCACAACUGAGGAGAUUGAGCUGCAGGAUGUUGAGUGUUAGCCAAGACUGGGCCCAAUUACAGUCCUACCUCAAGAGGAAAACAUUAUUUCCCAACAAAAGCAGUAAACAUGGCCAAUCUACCCCAGAGUCUCCUGUUGUCCCACUACAGCCACCCAUUCCUGAUGAGACUGCCAGACAUUAACAAAAGUGACUGUGUGGAGUCGAGGACUCUGGACUGGAAGGUCCUUUCUAGCACUUGCACAAAGUUCAAGGAGAAGUGUGCUUGACCUUUGCUUGGCUGCAGCUUCAGGGCCAUGUUGACCCCUACCAAUGGUUUGGUACAGGCACCUGCUGCUAGCUCACUGUUCUGUUCUUGCCUGGGGGUUGGCCAUUGGAGGAAUCCCGGUAUCUGAAACCAGAGUAUCCAGAUUGAGUGUGCAGUCAGCACUGGAACAAAUUCUCUGUGCUCCUAUUUGCCCUGCUUCUGCCUCUAACCCUCUGCCGCAGGGGCAACUAUGAGAAAACCUGAGGCUUUUAGACAGUCUGCUGCCCACAAAGCAGAGGUCGGGACCAAGAGCCUGCUGUUCUGCUGUCUUGAGUUACUGUGAGCAGGGCAAGAGCCCCAUGGCCUGGAGCUUUAAGGAGAGGAUCUUAACAUGUUCCUGAGGGACCAGCACUGGUAAUAAGGAAUAGAGAGAAAAUUACCAUGCUCUUCAUUUUAUUCCAACAUCAAUUGGAUUUUCCCUCCUACGGCCCUAAUUUUCACCAAAGUUCUUCUCCAUUAUAGGCAGCAUCUGGCCUCCAAAUGGCCUCAUGACAAGCUAGGUAACACUACAUGUGUGAAAGCUGCAUGAUGAAUAGUACAACUGGGCAGUUAGCUCGGGCUUCACAUCCAUCCCCUGCGUCACCAACGCUUCACGUCUCAAUCAGGCCCUUGUUCUCUCCCAGCUGGGCUAAGAACCAUUUGGUGCUUACCUACCUCACAGUCAGGGUAUCAAGUGAAGCCCACAGUAUGCACAGAGCUCACCGAGCAAGUUAAGAACGGCCUGAGGAGUCUUCAAGAAUCUGGAAGGCAAUAAGCACUAAAUUAUCUGAGUACUGGAAACUGAUAAAAUGUUCUGAGUAUUGGGGUUCCAGGUAGAAUUGGGGACCAGGUCCCAGCUGGGCUUGGCUCUUACUCUCUCAGGUUGUUGAUCACAGUGUUUACUUGAAAGGUUCUCCAUCCCAACUCCCAUCUGGCAAGCUCUUUAGUAGGCACGAGUUCAUUUUCCAUUGUCUUUCCCUCUCUAGCAUGCUUAGCCACAGACCAAAAGUAUCACCCUUCCUGAAGUGGAGGCCGAAGCUCAGCAGUGGAGGCUGAGGUUAGUGGCUGUGUCCCCAGUCCUCAGCUGCAAAUUCACCCAUGUAAAUAUGAAGGAGAGCUAGCACAUUGCCUUCCUGUUCUCUCUCUGAGUCCCAGAUGUCCACAUCUUUUCCACUCCCCCAUGUGGCAGAUAAGGAGUUAACUGGAGAUGUUAGUGUGAGGCCUUUCUUUGAAUCAUGAAUCCAGGUUUACAAGAAGGGAUCUUUUGGAGUAUACAGACAGGAGCCCUCAGGAUCUACAAUGGCUCCAAAGACACUACUUGGUUUGUAAGGCAAGAGAGUAGUUGUCUGCACAACUGACUUGCAGCUCUAGCACCUGCCACAUUGAAGGUUUUCGCCUUCAGGCCACCUGUACACGUGUAUAAACAUGAAUACCUGAGCCCUUUCCCCAGGCGAUGGACAGAGGAACCAAGCCCCGUGCCAGGAGGUUCCUUAUUCUGGCCUCCAGUACCAUGAAGCAGCAGGGUGAGGAUCCCACAUUAAAGGGGGUCAAGGAUGAUGUGCGCAGUUCUCCUCUUUGACACAGAGAGCCCACCUGCAGGAAGGCAGCUUGGACGGGUGGCUGCUGGAGUCUGUGUGUCCUCCGACACCAUCUGCCUCCCAGAAUUCUACCUCCCAGCUUGUCAGCGGGGUAAUGUUCCUAAUGAAAGGAGAAAUGGAAACGAGUCCCCAGUGAGAGGCCUCCACGGGCAAACCCAGAUGUAAAUUAAACUGUCCCCCUUCCCAAAACUCACACAGGGUUAUUCCCUCAGCUUUCCAUUUCUUUAUUUGGUACUUUUAAAGCUCCGGUCCUGAACAUUGCCUUGGAAAGUGUUUGAUUCCUGAGCCUGAGGUUUUUGUCUCUUUCAGAAAAGAAAAUAUUAAAUCAUAGAGUCUGGCCCCUGUAAAUGUUAAGCUGUAAGUUAUAUUUUCAGCUGUGAAAAAUUGGUUUGAGGGAAUGAAAUAAAAACUGAAAAUCAAGCCCUGGCCCUUUGUGUGCGGACCUACGCCUGCCGGGAACUCAGGCCCUGGGCGGGGCUUCCAUUGGCUGCAGGCAGGUGUUACCCGCAGCCCCGCCAGGGUCUGGCACAUUUCUUAAAUGACAAGGGAACUAAUAACAAUGGUUCUAACUGUAAACAUUCUUUAGCAAAUCAGAAAACACCACCUAGUGAGCCUAUCAUUCUCCCCUGUAUUGUAGCCAGACGACUAAUUGAAGUUUCUGC